AUGGGAAGAGGGAAAAUAGUGAUCGAGAGGAUAGAUAAUUCAACCAGCAGACAAGUAACUUUCUCAAAAAGAAGAAGUGGAUUGCUUAAAAAAGCUCGAGAAUUAUCAAUUUUAUGUGACGCUGAAGUUGGUGUUGUUAUAUUUUCUAGCACCGGAAAACUCUAUGAAUUUGCAAGCACCAACAUGAAAUCGGUGAUCAAAAGAUACAACAAAAUGAAGGAGGAGAACGACCACAACCCUCAACUGUCGUCUGCUGCUUCCGAACUCAAGUUUUGGCAACGAGAAGCAACAAACUUAAAACAACAGCUGCAGUAUUUACAAGAAAGCCACAGACAACUUAUGGGGCAAGAACUUUCGUAUUUAAGCAUCAAAGACCUGCAGAAUUUGGAAAAUCAAUUGGAAACAAGUUUGCAAAGUAUACGAAUGAGAAAGGACCAUCUCCUAUCGAACGAGAUCAAAGAACUAAACCAAAGGGGAUCUAUUAUUCAUCAAGAAAAUAUUGAACUCUAUAAGCAACUAAAAAUCGCACAACAGCAUCAUUCGGAGCUGCAGAAAAAGGUUUACCGAACCGCAAUUACCCGAACCGAUACUUCACUCGAACCGUUUGAUAACCGAAAAGGGCAAAAUCGAACUCGAACUGCAACCGAAUUUUAUAACCGACAUAUAAACCUUAACCGAUGUUACCCGAACUGAACAGUGAUCGACCCGAGUCAAAUCCGACCCGAAUUAUGCACGUAACCGAAUGUAACCUGACUAAAACCGAUUAAGAUCGAACUGUUUUUA